AUGAAAAUUCUUGUGAUAGGUGGUACACGAUAUUUUGGGAAAUUGUUGGUGCAAAAGUUGGCAGAAAAUCAAAAAGACCAAAUUACUGUCGUCAGUCGGCAACCGUUGCUUGAUAUAAACCAUAAUUCUUGUGGUAUAACUUAUGCCAAAGUUGAUCGUCGAGAUAUAGAUGAAUUUAAAACUGUAACCUGUUAUCAGAACUGGGAUUUGAUAUUUGACCAAAUCUGUAUGAACUCGACAGAUGCUGCUCAGGCAUGCAGACUGUUCUCCGGCAGAGUUGGACGUUACAUUGCGACAUCGUCAAUGUCCGUUUACGCAUUUGGAUCAAACUUGGCUGAACAUGAAUUCGAAGCGCAAAUUCAUAAAUUUAAUGAAAUAGCGAAUGAGUACGAUGAAUAUGCGGAAGCUAAACGGCAGAUGGAAGCUACACUCUCACAAAACGCCUCAUUUCCGGUUGCUUUUGCAAGAUUUCCAAUCGUGUUAGGGCCGAAUGACUAUACAAAACGGCUUUUGUUUCAUAUUCAACGAAUUCGUAACAAUGAACCGAUCUACUUCCCGAAUCUUCAAGCAAGAAUGUCGUUUAUUCAUUCGAGUGAUGCAGCACGAGGUCUCUUGUGGCUCGCAUUAUCGGAUGUUACAGGGCCAAUCAAUUUAUCUUCAAGAACACCGAUUAGCUUGUAUAAUCUUGUCAGAUCUAUUGAAAAAGCAGUAGAUAAAAACGCCCACUUGACCUCCGAAUCAUCGAAAGAUAAUCACUCGCCGUUUGGAAUAAAAAGCGAUUGGUAUUUAAGUGUGAAACGCGCGAAAAAUGAAGGAUUUACUUCUGUGGACACUUUUAGAUGGCUUUUACCUCUUAUUGAAUCAGAGAAGUACAAAUGA